ACGAGUCAUGUGAUUUCACUGAUGACAGCCACGGCUUCGACAACAAAACAUCACCUAUAUAUUGGAUGCUUUGGCAAGAAGGACAAAUUACAUGUAUUUACUAAACACGCCUUAAGAUAGAUUAGCUAUUGUUAUCGCUUAUAACAGUAUUUGGUAUCACAAUGGCGGAAGUGGGGGAGCAGGAAAGAAAACCGAGUGAGGAGUUUACAGACGAGUCUGAGGAAGAGGACAGCGAGGAGGAGCCCAAGCUGAAGUAUGAGAGACUCUCCAAUGGCGUGACUGAAAUCCUCCAGAACGAUGCAGCCAGCUGUAUGACCGUCCACGACAAGUUCCUCGCCUUAGGCACCCACUUUGGAAAGGUCUUUCUGCUGGACAUUCAAGGAAAUGUUACUCAGAAGUUUGAAAUUAGUUCAGUGAAGAUCAACCAGAUCAGUCUGGAUGAAAGUGGAGAGCAUGUGGGCAUCUGCUCCGAGGAUGGGAAGGUCCAGGUAUUUGGUCUUUAUACGAGAGAGGGCUUCCAUGACAACUUUGACUUUCCCAUCAAAGUGGUGGCACUACACCCUCAGUUCAGCAGAUCCAACUACAAACAGUUUGUUACCGGAGGAAACAAGCUGCUUCUGUACGAAAGAAACUGGUUGAAUCGCUGGAAGACUUUGGUUUUACAUGAAGGUGAAGGUACAAUCACCAAUAUCCAAUGGAGAGCAAACCUGAUUGCCUGGUCCAACAACGUGGGAGUAAAAAUCUAUGACAUCAGCACAAAGCAGCGGAUCACCAAUGUGUUGAGAGAUAACGCCAAUCUGAGGCCUGACAUGUACCCGUGCAGCCUGUGCUGGAAAGACAACACCUCUCUCAUUGUUGGAUGGGGAACUUCUAUAAAGAUUUGUGUUGUGAAAGAGCGAAAUCCCACUGAAAUGAGAGAUCUGCCCAGCCGCUAUGUGGAAAUAGUGUCUGCUUUUGAUACAGAGUUCUUCAUCUGUGGUUUGGCACCGCUGGCCGACCAGCUUGUCACCCUGUACUUUGUGAAGGAGAACUCUGACCAGAUGGAAGAGGAGUUUCGCGCACGGCCUCGUCUCGAUAUCAUCCAGCCUCUGCCUGAGAACUGCGAGGAGAUCUCUUCAGACGCUCUGACUGUACGACACUUCCAGGACAACGAGUGCAGGGACUACCGCCUUGAACAUUCGGAAGGGGAGUCACUCUUCUACAUUAUCAGUCCCAAAGACAUUGUCGUGGCCAAAGAGCGAGACCAGGAUGACCAUAUUGAUUGGUUGCUCGAAAAGAAGAAAUAUGAGGAGGCACUGAUGGCUGCAGAAAUCAGCUUCAAAAACAUCAAGAGACACGACGUUCAGAAAAUUGGAAUGGCUUAUAUUAAUCAUUUAGUGGAGAAGGGCGACUAUGAUGGUGCCGCAAGGAAGUGUCAAAAGGUUCUUGGGAAAAACAUGGAUCUGUGGGAGAAUGAAGUGUACAGAUUCAAGACCAUCGGGCAGUUGAAGGCCAUCAGCCAGUAUUUACCAAGAGGAGAUCUGCGUCUCAGACCGGCCAUCUAUGAAAUGAUCUUGCACGAAUUUCUUAAAACUGACUACGAGGGCUUUGCCACACUGGUCCGGGAGUGGCCAGGAGAGCUUUACAACAACAUGGCCAUCGUUCAGGCCGUCACGGACCACCUGAACAGAGAUCCCACCAACAGCACGCUCCUCACCACGCUGGCGGAGCUGUACACGUAUGACCAGCGGUAUGACAGAGCCUUGGAGAUCUACCUGAGACUGAGGCACAAGGAUGUUUACCAGCUGAUCCACAAACACAACCUUUUCUCCUCCAUAGAGGACAAGAUCGUCCUCCUCAUGGACUUUGACAAGGAGAAAGCUGUCGACAUGCUUCUCGACAACGAAGACAAAAUAUCUAUUGACAGGGUGGUGGAAGAACUAGCAGAUAGACCUGAGCUCCUGCACGUGUAUCUCCAUAAACUGUUCAAACGAGAUCACCACAAAGGCCAAAAGUACCACGAGAGACAGAUAGGCUUGUAUGCCGAGUAUGACCGACCAAACUUCCUGCCUUUCCUGAGGGAUAGCACACACUGUCCUCUUGAAAAGGCUCUUGAGAUUUGCCAGCAGAGGAACUUUGUAGGGGAGACUGUCUUCCUGCUCAGCAGGAUGGGCAACUGCAGGAGAGCCCUGCAGAUGAUCAUGGAGGAGCUGGAGGAUGUGGACAAAGCCAUAGAGUUUGCUAAAGAGCAGGACGAUGCAGAGCUGUGGGAGGAUCUCAUCUCUUACUCCAUCGACAAGCCACCGUUCAUCACCGGCCUCCUCAAUAACAUCGGCACUCACGUUGAUCCCAUUCUGCUCAUCCACCGCAUCAAGGAAGGCAUGGAGAUCCCCAACCUCCGAGAUUCACUUGUGAAAAUCCUCCAUGACUACAAUCUACAGAUUCUUUUGAGAGAAGGAUGCAAGAAAAUCCUGGUGGCCGACUCCCUCUCCCUGCUCCAGAAGAUGCAUCGAACACAGAUGAGAGGAGUCAGGGUGGAUGAGGGGAACAUCUGUGAAUCUUGUCAUACUACAAUAUUACCUUCAGAUAUCGCCAAAUCCUUCAGUGUGGUGGUGUUUCACUGCCGGCACAUGUUCCACAAGGAGUGUUUACCGUCCUCGGGAGCGAUCCCUUGCUUGCAGUUUUGUAACAUAUGCAGUGCGAAGAGGCGAGGGCCUGGAAGUGGAAUCCUUGAAAUGAAAAAGUAACUGUUUUAAAGGCUCACAAUGUUUUGUCUCCUUUCCAUCUUGGCUGUUCACCGCAUUGAUAGAUGAAAAUCACUUUCCCACAGUGAACUGUACACUGGCAAAAAAACAAAAA